AUGCCUAAAAACAGAGUUUCAUUACCCAUUGUGCUCGCAGUUUGCUUCUUUUGUCUCAUCAUUAACGCCAAUGGCUUCACGGCUUCCGGUUGGACUCAAGCUCACGCAACCUUCUAUGGAGGCAGCGAUGCUUCCGGAACAAUGGGUACGGUGCCUUGCAAGAAGCACGGUGGAGUGAGAUUCACGAUCAACGGCAGAGACUACUUCGAGCUGGUCCUAGUCAGCAACGUGGGCAACGCUGGGUCCGUCAGAUCUGUGAAGAUCAAGGGCUCAAAAACAGAUUGGGUGGCCAUGUCCAGGAACUGGGGUGCCCUCUGGCAGUCAAACUCUUAUCUCAACGGUCAAUCUCUGUCCUUUAUGGUCACAACGAGUGAUGGCGUCACAAAGACCUUCUUGAACGUUGUCCCCUCUAAUUGGGCUUUUGGGCAGACGUAUUCAAGCCCAGUUCAGUUUUGA